AUGUGCUCCACAAGCCUCAGUUUUUUCGCUUCCGACGAAGUUCACACGACAAUUUUCCAUGGUCUCACCAUGAUUGAACUGCUUACUCAUUCUUUUGGAGCGUAUAUUAUAAUUUCAAAAACUCCGAAAAAGUUGGAAUCCGUCAAGGCUGGAAUGUUACUGAUGCAUUUUGUUGGAGCUUUUGUAGAUAUCUAUUUUAGCUGUCUAACUAUACCAGUCUUAUAUUUACCUGUCUGUGGAGGCUACCCGCUUGGAUUACAUUUAUUUUUGGUGUUCCAGUUUUAGUGCAAACUUAUGUCGGCAUUUCGAUCCUUGGAGGUUAGUAUGACUGUCCCGUUGUGGAACUUAACAUUUUUUACAGUGCUAAUUGCUAUUAGGUUGUGAAAAAAGUUCUCUCCGAAAUUAUUGAAAGUUUUGCCCCGGAAAGUUCUGCAGCUUUCUGGACGGUUCUAUAAUAGAAUGUUGUAGAACAUCCUAGUAGCAUCUCGUCUAAGCCUAUAUAAAGCGCGCGCGCUUGCUGAUCGACCAACUACGAUCGAACUUUCUCAACCUCAACUUCGACUGCUCAUCUUCUUCUAGUGGAAGAGUGGCGCUCGUGCGGCUGAGACGGCUGCUAAAAUAUGCAACGUGUUUGGCAGGGAUGCCGUCACCGAUCACACCGUUCGCUAUUGGUUCGCUCGCUUUGCUUCUGGAUGUACGAGCCUGGAUGACAACGACCGCUCAUGAGGCAUUCUGUCAUGAUCGAUGAUCAGUUGUGAGCCACCGUGAGGGAGAAGCCGGAUCAUACUACACGUGAAUUGGCAACAAAGCUCCAAUGUAGUAACCACGCUAUCAGCAACCACUCUUACUGGCUCGGCUACAGAAGAGUGCUGGCGAGAUGGGUGCCUCAUGCUUUUUCCGUUUCAGAUGCAGACGCGCGAGACGAUACGUCAGUCUCUCCUCCUCACUCAACAGAUUAAAGAUUUUUUGGCGAACUUAGUUACCGGAGACGAGAGCUGGCUACUCUAUAAUAACGCCACCCAUUGUUCUGUCUGGAUGUACAUGACGGCAAGCCGACUGUGCAGCCAAAGCUGGAGCUUCAUGAGAAGAAGUGUUUGCUGUGCUGCUUCUGGGACGCGAAGGGUAUGCUGUUUUUCGAGUUGCUUCCGCAAGACAGACCAAUCACGCCUUCCACCUACUCUGAUCAGCUGGAUUCCCUUGCUCUCGCAGUCUAAGAAAAUCACCCUAGACACUCUGCGGUCCACCUUCUUCACAACAACGCGCGCCCUCAUGUGGCAAAGGACACCCAGGCCAAGUUGCAGGAGUUCGGCUGAAUCACAGUUUUCCAUCCAUUGUACGCGCCGGACAUUGCACCUUCGGAUUAUCAUCUUUCCGCCCGCUCAAGAUGUUCCUUAGAGAUCAGAAGUUCGGAAAGUUCGAGGACCUCAAAAAAGCAGUGUCCGACUUCUUCGACUCGCGCUCGCCCGCGUUCUGGAAGAAGAGGGUGGACGAUCUUCCCAAUAGGUGGCUCACAGUUGUGAAUAAUAAUGAUGAUCAUAUGGUUGAUUGAUAGUGACUAAAAAUAAAGUUACUGAGAAAAUGAACUGGAGUCAAAUUUCGGAGAAAACUUUUUUCACAGCCUAAUACAAUUUUGAUAUUUCUUGAAGACCGCCGGUACCGAUUGGUUCACGGCCAUAAAUUCAGCAAAACGAGAAAAUGGUACCGACUUCUGUAUGUAACAGCGCUAUAUUUUUUGGCAGCGUUCCCUGCUCCUGCAUUUGUGAAUCUUCCUGAUCAAAAAGACGCAAAAUUGAUUGCUCAAAAUGUGUGGUUUAUAGAUUAAAAAAAAGGAAGUCAUUCUUUAGAAAACAAUUCUGUUUCAGAAAAAUCGGUGUAUUCCAACUGAUAAUUUCAAUCAUUCCAAGUUCUUUUUACUUGAUACUACUGGAACAUUCAUUGUGAUAUGUGUUGUAUCCAUGUUGAGCAUUUUAAUCUCCCAAAUGUUUGUCCAAAUUACGUUGAUCUUCCGUGAAUUGCUUAAAUACACGCCCAUCUCUAGAAAUACACAGCGUCUACAAAAACAGUAUUUUGUUGACAUUAGCUUACAAUUGGCCAUUCCAAUCGUUAUCAUUGCAUUUCCAGUUAUUCACAUUGUUCUUUCAGUUGUUUUAGGUUAUUAUAAUCAAGGUAAUUCUAUUCAAAAUUUGCAACAAUGUUGCCCUAUUUUAGGUGCAAAUAAUCUGGCAUUCCUUAUUAUCUCACUACAUGGAGUUCUAUCAACUUUAACAAUGUUAAUGGUUCACACACCUUACAGAAAAUCGAUUUUUGAAAUGUUACACCUGGAAUUCUUUAAAUCAGCUAGCAACCCUCAUUCUAUUGCCCCUCUCCCUCGAGUCUAA